AUGGCGAAAGCAGAAGAUGAAUCGCCCGGCCCUGAUUCAGUACUCGCCAAAGUUUCACAUUUUGUCAUUACUAGCUAUAAUUUUUUAAGGCCAGUUUCAAUACUUCAAGUAAUUAUAGCAAAUAUAUGUUUGUUUGCAAGUGUGUUGGUUGAGAAUCCACAGUUGUUUAAAUUGUCUGUGUUAUUAAAGGCAUUCCCGGGCCUACUGGCUAUGAUUUUUGCGAACGCUUACUAUGCUGGAAUCAAUCAGAUUUACGACGUAGAUAUUGACAAGGUGAACAAACCUUAUUUACCUAUAGCAGCAGGGAAUCUUUCAGUAAAACAAGCAUGGUACUUGAUGAUAUUUUAUGUGCUUGCUGGCCUAUUGAUUUUGUGGUUGAUGAAUGCCGACACAAUCACUACUUCGCUCUAUUGUUUUGGCCUUUUUCUGGCGACCUUCUAUUCUGCUCCUCCUUUUAGAUUCAAGAUAUCUUCACUUGCGACAGCUAUAGUCCUUCCUUUGAAUGCUGGUUUCAUUCAAAUUCUUGGUAUACUUUACACCACCAGAGUUUCCCUUGGACUUCCGUUUUUGUGGAGCCCCCAAAUUGUUUUCUUCCUUACCUUUGUUCCAGUGUUUUAUCUGGUCAUUAGCUUCGUAAAAGAUAUCAUAGACGUGGAAGGUGAUAUGAAGUAUAACAUACGAACAUUUGCCGCAAUAUUUGGUCCUAGAAUAACUAUAUUCCUUGGCACUGGAAUUCUAUUGGUAAAUUAUAUUCGCGCUAUAGCUCUUGCCAUUUACAUGCCUCAGGCUUUCAAGCUUCAUAUAAUGGUGCCCGCUCACUCACUCCUAGCAUUGUGGUUAAUUUUUGAGGCUAAAAUGGCGGAAAAAGCAAAUUAUACCAAGGAGGCUCUUCGUGAUGUGUUGCCAUGGAAGCUAGUAGAAAUUGAAGAAAUGACAACGCUUUUCUUAAUCGUGUUAGAAGUUUUCGCGACACUUUAA